GGUAUACCGUAAGGAUUUUAAGCCGGCACUAAUAACCGGAAGUUUCCUUGAUAGUUUCCGUUCACUUGACGUAAUCGAGACGCACUUGCUGUCAGGGGCAAAGCAUAGAGUGUAGAAGCAAAGUCCGUCUGGCUGUGGAAGAGGAGGAAUCCUCCUCUCCUGGGAGUAGAGAAGAGAAGUAGCUUCAGGACAUGUUUGUGUUUCAUCUUUGGGCUCCGAGUAUAACCGCUCCUCUACGUUCAUUGCUAUGACUACUGCGCAUCCAGUUUUGGGUGUGAAAAACAUCCUGAGUGCACUAACCUGAGCGCGCGGAGCGGUUUACCUGACUUUAUCACCAUCACUUAUUACAUUUUUCUAAGUGGUUUGCUUGUUCCAGACCAGAUGUCCUGGGGACAUACGCUAACACUGCUACAGCUUCCGAUGCCCUGUCACUCUAUCUUUUGCUCAUGUGGUGCUGGGCACGAGGCUGAAGUUGAAGUCUCGCUCUUGAAGGCGUGAGCUCCAAAUGCAUUCGCUCCUGGGCCGGGAGAAGAAAGAAGAAGAAGCAGGGUUCGGGAUCGAUUUGUCUCCGGGCUUUUUGCCCCAAGCUGCCACUAUGUUUAGCUGCGUGGGCUGCUUCUGGGUGCUUCUGUCCUCCGCUCUGGUCGCUGUCUGCAGUUUCAGCUUCAUAUCUCCUGCGUGGAUUGUUAAGGACCAGCUGAGGAACAGCCACCAGCAUCACCAUCCCUACACCAACAGCAAGGACUCCGUGAGCUUCGGCUUGCUGUGGCACUGCUCGGAGUCUCUGGAUCACAUGUACCGGUGCUACACCUUCGGGGGACUGGGCAAAUUUGCAGAAAUCCCUUCCAGCUCCUGGCAGACCAGUGCGGUGCUGUGUUCAGGUGGCUGCGCUCUGCUGGCAGUCAGCUCCCUGUUGGCCAUCAUCACUAUCUUCUUGCCCAGUGGCGGAUGUGAGAGGAGGAUCUGCACUCUGGCUGGUUACAUGCAGAUGGCUUCAGUGUUCAUCAUGGCUACCGGACUGCUGGUCUACCCUUUCGGCCUUAACUCCUCACUGGUCCGGUCUUUCUGUGGAGACUCUGACAUCUACUACGCCGGCGAGUGCCAGAUCGGCUGGGGCUACAUGCUGGCUAUUGUCGGAGUCAUGCUCACCGUCUUCUUGCCCUUUUUUGCCAAAUACGCACCAAAGGAGCAGCUGUCCCCCACCCCUUUGCCCACUCUGUUAUAGUUUUGUUUUGUUUUUUUUACCCCUCCUGACCACUCGCUCUGACCAGGGCUUGAUCUGUUUGAAAGACAACUGCAUCUCAUUUUUAAAAGCGAUGGUACUUGGGAAGCUCUGCUCAGCCAUACCUAAAGCUGUCAACAGCAGCUGCCUUCCUGCAUCAGUAAUAUAAUUAAUUCAGAUGUAAUUUAAAUUAGAUGUUUCUGUUACAAUACCACUCCACGGUCAAACUCAGAUCUUUUUCCAGACUUAUACUUUCUUCAUGCCUGUUUUGCUGAUGAUCUGCUACGAAGUCAUGAUAAACUUAAGAAUAUUACCACUAACAUACAAACCUGCUAAAAUCUUACAUAUUUACCUUGUUUUGCUUUUAUAAAUGAAAACAAAUCAACAUUAUGUAACAUUCCAAAACAGACCUGAAUUUGUAGGCAUACACAGUAGAGUGGACCCAUGAUGUUAUGUGGUACCAUGGCUCCUGCUAUCCAAUGUUUCAAUAAGAUGUUUUCAAUAAAACUAGACGAGAGAUAGUUGAAGAUGUGGGAAAUUUGUGGAUUUAAACUGGUGUUUCCUCCCUAAAUGAGCUGCAUCUGCGAUACAUUGAGUGGACAUGCUUGUACAGUUAAAACUCUGACGCUUUGAAGGAUUUUUCCCUUCAGACUUUGUCAUCCAUCGUGUGACCUGAACCAGUGGGAGGCAAGAAUAUACUCAAACUAUCAGACACUGGAUUGAGUAACUGUCACAAAGAAAUGGACAACAGACGUAUCAGACCUGCCGAGAGGACAAAUAUCUUCCUCCUUUCUUCUAAGGAGGCAAAUCAUUAAAACAUAGUUGUUCUAGUGCAGUCUUAUUUAAAAAAAAAAAAAAGUUGGAAUACUGCUUCUCUGUUAGUCUUUUUCCCAGAUUUGUUUGUGAAAUGUACUUUGCUUGUUUUUUUUUUUGCUGUCUACAACACACAAUACUAAACACUAAUUCAGGAAAAAAAUUAUCGCAAAAGGCAGGGAGAUGUGGAGAUGUAGGAUCUUUGUGAAAAAUGCAUGAAAAGAUAGGCUUUGUUAAUGGUAGAACAACUGAUCUGGAUUUUAAAUGUGAUCUGACCAACUUGUGCCUUUUAACAUAACCAAGACAAGUGUUUGAUGCAAAUAUCAGGUAAUCAUCCUUUUCUGCUGAAUAAUGUGGAUCCUGUUCUGUGAUGUGAUUUUCUCUUGUGUAUUUUCCCUCUAAGUGGUAAAGUGUUUCUUCUCUACUUGAUGCAGUAUGAUCUCAUUAACUUGAGAAAAUGUUCUGGAGGGGGGAAAUAGUCUUUGAAUCCCUGAAGAUAAUGGCAGAAAGGAAAGCAAAGUACUUGUGUUUAAUUACGCCCUGAGACAUUUUUGCCAGUUAUCCAGAAGAGGUGAAUUGCUUGAGUUGCAGUAUUAAAAGGUUAUGACAUGCAACUAACAGAUUAAUUCUCUGCAUCCUUGCCACAUGUGAUACAGAGUUUGAGUGGUAGAGGAAGCUGUGUGAACAUAACCUCUCUUGUUUAUCAGUGAGCUGACACAUGAUUCACAUUAUAUUUAAAAUGUGACUUAUAAUAAUUUGCUUUUUAAAUCAGCUGGUGUGUUGGUGUGUUUUUGUUAACCCAUGUUUCUUUCCUGUCAUGCAAGGACAACUUGUCUUCUUUUCAACAUACUGUUCCUGUACACUGCCAAUUUCAUCAAGCCUGACUUCCUUUUCUAGUGGGUGUUUAUGUAUGUAAUCGUGUUAAAUUUGGGGUUUACUAACAGAUUAAACUUAAAGAAUUCCCACAUCUGGGUUCCCAUAAUGACGUCCUGACAAAUUACUGUGAUUAUGUUGCCAUAUUUGAAAGAUGAUCGGGAGGAGAAAUGUUGGCGUCGUGUUGGACCUCAUACUGUGCUCGGCUGUGUGGGAAUGACUGGCGUGACUGCACUGGACUUAUUACCCUAUUUGUUAAAAUGUUGUGUGUAAAGUCUCAGCACUGGUGAAAAUGUUUUUGGUAGAGUAGAACUAUUGUUUUUUCCAUUGUGAUGUUUGACUGUAAAUAAACUAACUGUUCUUAUUAUCACAUUACUAUUAACUGCCCCGUUUUUCAAAGCUACGUAUAUUUUCAGAUUUUACUUCUUCGUGUUUGCUUUCCCUGAAUUAACUUGUUGUUCUGUGAUAU